UCUUCUGGCGGAGCCUUGUCCCACAUCUCACCGUCCCUGACCGUUUACCUAUGUGCGCAUGACCACGUCAUCUCAGUGUCCAGCUGUGACCAUCAGGGAGAAGGGCCGGUCCAGUUCUCAGCGUUGGAACCAUUUCCGGCCAACAUGGAUGAUUUAGCACAAACCUUAAAAGCUGAGGGCACAGGUUCGAGUUCUGGGAGGGUGUAUGGAGCUAUGGAUUACAGAAUAGCCACAGUCCAGACUGCCUCUCUAAAGGAUCUCUUCAGGAACAAAAAGAAACAGCUCAGGACGGUCACCUGUCAUCAGCCCGCUCCCGUCCCGCUGUGCUCUGGUGAGCGCUGCGCCCUGCUUGCUGUGUUCACUCUUGCCAGUCUGUCAGAGACUGACAGCUUCUUUCGAUGUGACGCUGCUGAUUCCCUGAUGGCGGCUGGGAAACAGCUGGCGGAACAGUUUUUGCACAUGGAUGAAGUUGUGCGGUUGCCGUGGCUGCGGGCUGCGAUAAGGCGGCGCCGCUUGAUUUGGACGCGAGCCGUGGCCCAGCAGGUUUCCUCUGGCCCUGCACCAGAUGCUUUGUUGGCGGACCUCGAGUCCACAACAUCCCACAUAUCCAAGCGUCCACUUUUCUUGUCAGACGAGACUGCCUACUCCUUUCCUGUUCGGGGUCAGGCCCAGCCAGACAUCAGCUCUCCACCCCAGGCCCCACCCGAGCACACUCUGAAUGGACUAAAUGAAACAGAGUCUGUUGGCUCAGCUCAAAGAAGUCCCUGGUCUAAAGAAAGCAGCAGUCCAAAUCAGCCCAUUGGAGAGGAGGACCACGUCUACAGUUUCCCUAAUAAGCAGAAGAGUAGUGAGCCAUCUUCAGCUGUUGCCAUGAACUCAUCUCUGGGCAGCAACCUGUCUGAGCUGGACCGCCUGCUGCUGGAGCUCAACGCUGUGCAGCAGAGCACGCCGGCCUUCCCCACAGAAGAACCAGCUCCACCCUUACCUUCAAGCAGCACCAUCCACCAUAUUCAAGAGAAUGGAGUUUCCUCACAGAAAUCUACAUUGGAGAGGCCUAGUCGUGUCACAGCAGCUCGAGGAAUAGAGGAUGUACGACCAAGUGUAGAGAGCCUUCUGGAUGAACUGGAGAGCUCUGUGCCAUCUCCCAUUCCCACAUCUUUGGUGGUGUCAGAUGUGCAAACUGAUGUACAAGAGGAAAGCAUGUCACAACAACAGGCCAGAAUGUCUGCUUCCUCUGCCACUCGUGAACUGGAUGAGCUCAUGGCCUCUCUAUCUGACUUCAAAGUGCAAAGCAAUCUGUCUGUGAAUCAGGAUUCUGGAGACCCUUUGCUAUCAGUCGGUUCACCAGUUGCCCCAAACGGAACUGACUCAUCUAUAAACGCUCACAUUGGCUCAGAGGAUACUCCUCUACCCUCAGGUUACACGUCCCCCUCAUGUACACCUCUUCCGCUGGAGCUCCAUAUAGAUGAAGAUGGAAGUUCAGCCCCUACAUCUUCACGUGGAUCCACUGUUAUAAUUUCUUCAUCUAAGAGCCUCCAGUACUCCCAGAUCCAACAGGAGGAUGAUGGUGGCACUGUCACUUCUCAGAUCUGUCAUGUAGAGAGCUUCAGCAUCUCCACGGCUCUAAAACCUCUCAGUCCAGGGGAAGUCAACAUACCUACACAAGUGUCAGUGACUAAAGUGUCGACAAGUCUAGGUAGCAAUGCCAGAGGCUCAAGUCCAGGUGUUGAUUCCAAAAGUCCAAUUACAGAGUCUAAAGUAGGCAGUCCUACCCUUGGAGCUAAGAAAGCCAGUUCUGCUUAUGUUCAAUCUGAAAGCCCAGUCCCUAAAAGCCACAGUCCUAUUCACAUAAGUUCUGAAGCAGUUAAAGCCAGCAAUAGUCCAGUGGUAGAGUCCAUUGAGACGGAGUCAGUGCCCAAAACAGCAGCCGCUGUUUCAUUUCCGAGACUUUCAAGUCCAAUUCCAAAAAGUGUCAGUCCCGUGACAGUCCCUACCAUCCCUAGUCCGCUAACUCUCCCAAAGAGCACUAGUCCUGACACAGUUCGUAAAACUGCUGGUACAGUGGCAUCUCCAAGACUUUCAAGUCCAGUUCCAAAGACUGUAAGUCCACUUACUGUUCCUAAUAUAUCCAGUUCUGCAGCCAUAGCAAAGAGCUCUAGUCCAGAGACAGUCCCAAGAAGCUCAUCCCCAAUAGCACUUCCAAGGCUGUCAAGCCCAGUAACCGUUCCAAAGAGUGAAACUGUGGUUCCGAAGAGUCCUGCUACCUUAAUCAGAAAAACAUUCACAGCGCCAGGCACCAAUAGUCCCAGAGCUUCCCCAGUUUCACUUCCUGCUGUACCAUUAAGUAGCGUAUGCGUGCCAGAAAAUCAGGGAGGCGAUGUACUGGAUUUAACAUGGCCGUGCCGGGAGAAUCUAUUGGACGAUGCUUUAGACAAACUGUUAACGCCCGACUCCCAUCGGCUAACCGACAACCAGCCGCAGGCAUCUGCUAUGCCUGGGGAUGACGACAGAUCUUGGGAAGAGGAAGACGGAAUUUACCCUGACCUUAGCAGAGAGGGAACCCUGACGCCUAUGACAGAAUCCAGCUGGAUGGACGAGUGUUUCACCCCUUCCACCUGCCCCGGGACCCCAGAUGCAGCGCUGGACCUGCCCGUGCAGCAACCGUCCGCUGUGGAGCGACUAUCUGCUUCUGGUCAACUCAAGUCAGUUAUCCGCCGAACUAAAGAGACAUCCAACGUGCAUCCAAUGUUCAGGGAAGGAUUGUUGAGACGCAAAAUGGGACCAGUCAUUGUGAAUAAAAGCAACUCGCAGGACCGACUCAUUGAAGAACUUCAGGGGAAACUGGGGAUUGGCCGAGUGGAGCGCAGGCGUAAGCAGCAGCCAGACGACUGGCUGACGGAGGGAGUGAUCGUCAUGUCCAACCCCCAGCGAACACGGGAGGAAGGGAUUCUGCCAUCUGUGGAUAAGAUCAUCAUCCCUCCCGAAUCACCUGCUCCUCAGAGAAAAGUCCUGCCCCCUCCUCAGUCUCCCCCUGCACCAAAAAAGCCACCCCCAGUCAGGCAGACACCUCCGCCUCUGCCUCUACCUCCACCACCUCCGACCCCACCUCCUCCCCGGGAGCCCACCCCUCCCCCCCCCAAGGAGCCUCCUCCUCCCCCAAAGGAGCCAACUCCUCCACCCCCCAAAGAACCGACUCCCCCCCCACCCAGGGAGCCCACACCUCCACCUGUUCAGCCCCCUCCAUCACCUAGCCCCCCGCCCAAGCCCGCCACGCCGCCCCCGCCUCCCAGGAACCAGUCGCAGGGAAAGACGUCUCCCACCGCUGCGCCUAAACCAGCCAACAAGCUGGACAACAUGCUGGGAAGCCUGCAGUCUGACCUCAACAGACUCGGUGUCCAGACUGUGGCCAAAGGCGUCUGCGGUGCCUGCAAGAAACCAAUUGCCGGACAGGUGGUGACUGCCAUGGGCAGAACCUGGCACCCGGAGCACUUUGUGUGCACCCACUGUCAGGAGGAGAUUGGCUCCAGAAACUUCUUUGAGCGUGAUGGUCAGCCAUUCUGCGAGAGAGACUACCACAGCCUGUUCUCCCCCCGAUGCCACUACUGUAAUGGACCCAUACUGGAUAAAGUAGUGACAGCUCUGGACAAGACCUGGCAUCCGGAACACUUCUUCUGUGCCCAGUGUGGAGCCUUUUUUGGACCAGAAGGUUUCCAUGAGAAGGAUGGAAAAGCGUUCUGCAGGAAGGACUACUUCGACAUGUUUGCCCCAAAAUGUGGUGGUUGUAGCCGCGCCAUCCUGGAGAACUACAUCUCCGCCCUGAAUUCACUGUGGCACCCCGAGUGCUUCGUCUGCAGGGAGUGCUUCACGCCUUUCAUAAAUGGCAGCUUCUUCGACCACGACGGUCAGCCAUACUGCGAGGCUCAUUACCACGAGCGGCGGGGCUCCCUGUGCUCCGGCUGCCAGAAGCCCAUCACGGGCCGCUGCAUCACAGCCAUGGGCAAGAAGUUCCACCCGGAGCACUUUGUGUGCGCUUUCUGCCUCAAGCAGCUUAACAAGGGCACCUUCAAAGAGCAGAAUGACAAGCCCUACUGUCAUGGCUGCUUCGUUAAACUCUUCAGCUAGGCUGCAUGUCCGCCAUUCGUGCACAUGCGUGUCAGUCUAAAUGCGCAUACGGAAUCAGUGUGCACUCACUCGUCUAUUUGCACCAACGGGUCGGUGGUUUUCUGAGAUAGAUUUGUGGAUCACAUCUUAACAAGGGUGCAAAGCGUCUCUGAGUGUCAGCUGUCACCCUAAAGGACUUCCCCGGAAGUCCAGCCUUUUACACUUUUACAUAAGAACUUUUUAACAAAGCCCAGAGAAAUUUUAUAUUUAGAAUCGUAUUCCCCUGCACACCAGAUAUGAGAAAGGAAGAUCUAGCUUUCCCCUUGUCUUUGUGUGCAAAACUAGGCUUGAUUUGUGAAUGAGAUAGCAGGGCGAGCCCUUGCAUCAGAUAGUGAGCUGACGGUUUUCUGCUGAUCGGAGACGGCCUCUUGAUUGCAUGGACCAUUUAGAUUUAAGCUAAGCUGUUUUAAAGUGACAGAAAUGUUGAAUGUGUAGAGUUUGGCAAACGAGUGUUGAGAAAAAAAAGAUGUAUUUUUCUAGCUUUCUAGCCACCAUUGUGGUGCCAUUGGAAUAGCCAUUGACACAAAUGAUACUUACAUGCACACAGACACAUGUAUUCUUCGCUUCUUUAACAACCUAGUCCAACUUCUUGGCACACUCCAGCAACAAGGGAUCUCUUGAUGAGACCAUCUUAAGGUGUAUUUUAUAAUUUAGUGUCAUCAAGAUAGUACUUAUUUUUCUAUGGCCUUUCCUAUGAAAAUGAACUCAUGUUUUAUCAGUUUCCACGUAUACUCUAUCUGUGCUAAGUUGUUACACUUCUGCUCCCUGUUGGAAGUGAUAUCUAACAGAAAAUGAUGGUAUUGAUUUUUUUUAAACCCUUUGCAAGAGAAAACUUUGUUUGGACUCAAUAGCAGCAACUUAAGUAUGUUUCAGAUUUUUUUUAAAAACUACGAUAUAAAAGAAGCAGGUCAAUAGGUCUGGUUAUUGAAAAAUGGUGCAAAAACAAGCCAAACGAAAUUAAAUAGUCUCUUUCAAUCUUCGGAUUUUCCUGCUCUAUUUGCGUACCAAUGACAGAGAAUAAUUUUAAACUGUCUUGAUUAGUUUUUUCAACAAUUUCCAUAUUUUACUGCUGCCAUUAACGUGCAUUUAUCACUGCAUGCGGUGACUAGUACCCGUCAGUAAAGCUGGUUAAAGAUUUACACGUUUCUCGUGCAUUUUAAUUAGAAGCAUGUUCUUAUAUGUGGAGUGAAAUCAGCACCAGCUGCCAGUCGCUGUUACAAUCAGACUCUCCGUUUGUAUACCUGUAACACACUCAAUGUGCUGACAGAACUGUGUUUUGUCUGUUGUGAUUAAAAUUUAUAUGUAUUUUCGAGCUUUCAAGGCUCAUAAAUAUGCAAAGAGCUGGCUCUGUUAGCAUGUAGCCAACUGUGACAAGAGUUUCCCCUGGUCCCAUUCCUUUUCAAUAUCACAAACACACACACACACCAGCUUAGAUUUCAGUGUUUCUGCCUUUAGAGGAAACAACCUGAAGUUUUGUAAUCAUGAAACGUGAACUACGAUCCUUUUCUCUAUAUUGAAUCAUUGCCAAACUCACUAAUUGAAGCUGGGUGUUGGUCUUUGCUGGUCAGCAAUCCCAAUACAACCCUUAACCAGGGCCAGACGAGCAAAUAUUUAGGUAAUCACUUUUUUUUUCUUAGCCGCAGCUUUGUUAGAUAGAAUUUAGAUUUUCUUUUUUUCUUGUGGAGAAACUAUAACAAUGUUUGUCCUUCUAACCUGUGUAUCUGUGUGCAAGGAACCUGAUACAAUGUAUCCACAUUCAAGUCGCUCUGAAUUUCUUGCUGUGCCAAAUAUGUCAAUGCAAUAAGGUCUUACACACUGUCGAGCUCCUGGUGCCAGGGGCGGAAGUCAUGGAGAGGCUUCACCUGUUGUGGUGUGAUUUAACUCUGGACUAUACACUGUAAUAGAUGAGUGAUGAUUCAUUCAUCACAGGCUGUGUUCUCUUGUAGCAGAUUCAGAUGUUCGGGAUGUAGCAGGGGAGAAAGCGAGUGUCGGAAAAGAAAGAAAUGUUUUUUUUUGGCUUAUGUAUAUUGAUCUCACAGUAAACCGCCUUAUAUUUUUGCUUCUGUCAGAGUAUCCAUAAAAAAAAAUCAAAUCCUUUUAUUACUUUUAAUGUGAUUAAGUGAACUCUGCUUUGUCAGUAGAGACAUAUUCUUGUGAUAUUUUACCGUUUGAACUCUCUCACGUGCCGUACACUUUGUGUGGAUUGGGGCGGCAGCCCUUGUGGGGGCCUGAUUGUUGAUUGGUAAACUUCUUGAAAUAAAACUGAAAGUAAUCAUAUCUG